AUGAGUCGACCAGCGCCCUACAACAUUGACGAUUUGCUGCUCGUGCAGACAGGUGAUGCUGAACCCGCACUGAUCCAGCGCGUUCUGAAGUGUAUGUCUGAUGCGAGAGACAUCGAGGGUCUUUCUGCCCUUGUCACAUCGGACAAUCCCCUCGUCUCAAAAACUGCGCGUCACUACCUGCGCACUAAUCGUCUCUACAAGGUUAUACAUGGGAAGAGCAAAAGAAAGUCGUACGUGUUCCCCAUUGAGACAUUUAUGCCACCCGCUGUGGACGGUAUCUUCGUCAAGCCGAUUCCUCCUCUGGAUCUUCCGCGGUUUAACGACUCUAUCAGGAUCUACCUUCGUAAUCACGGGUCUAUGCCCUGCCACCAGAUCUCUAUGCUCUUCUUUGAGCACAACAGUCCUUACGUUUUCAUUGAGUUUCUCCACUGCUACUCGCGCCAAAUGCAGCGCUUCCUCUGUGAGAAGCUUGUGGAGGAGCUGCUUGAGUUUUCUUCCGGCUAUUGCUGCAGGCUGGAGAAGGAUGAAUCAGGCGAACAAAAAGUUGCACGAAGCCACUACCAGAGGAUAUUAGAAUAUUAUAUCAAGCUGUAUUCUUCCGUGCGUUUGAGAAUUUAUCGCAUGAAAACGUCUUUUGACAGACCCUCUCAGUCUACUAUAUUGCAAUCUAAGGCCAAAGCCACACUUAUAGGGACAACUAUGGGCGCCUCGAAAGGGUCCCCACAUCUGUCACUCUCAGUGAGCCUUCAAGAUAUCGGGGUUCGGCUCGCAACUCCUGUCACUGUUGCUCCGCCAACCCCCGACCUGCGUGAGCUAGCUUUAGAGUCCAAGAUGGAUUCUAUAACUCCUAUGGAGGAUAUGUCUAUCGAAGCGCUCGAUCACGUUUAUUGGCCUGAGGGCACUCCAGGAGCUCCUUCAAUGAAUACUCCUACCGCACCAGACAACCCACUUACAUCUGCCCUGCCAAACAGCGGAAACAUUGCGCCUGGUGAGAACAACAACCAGUCUGCAGGGCUUUCAGGCAUAGACACGUUAGGAGAGCUUUUCCAGUGUGACUACGCCGACAUGGAUUCGCGAUAUCAACCCACAGUUCAUCCUAAUGGCCGGUUUCCUCACGAGAUUGUUUUGGAGUUAGUACCUAUUGGUGAAUGCAUCCGUGCGCUCGCCAAGCCAUACAGUAAGCUUCGGUCUUUUCUCAUAAAGUGCUGCAGUAUCGAUCCCCUCCGGUUCUUUAAGGCACUGAAGAUUUACAAUCCAGACGGGUCCUAUAAUCAGGAAAUACACAACUUUCGAUUGCACUGCCAACUUACGAAGCAGUUUGCCGCUCACUACACAGGAAACUUGACCUAUCCUUAUCAUUUGUACGACGUAGAUCUGGACGACUUGAUAUCUCCAUUCUUCUCACAAACUAUUUACGAGAAUUAUGUCAACUCACGGCGGAUAUCCUUCACUUCUGCGCUCAUCGGUGACGUCCUUUCUAACAUUCAUAUAAAGCAGAUACAGCAGACGCCCAGCCGUAUCAGCGACUUCCGUGAUAAGGUCGCCCGCGCGAGGACCGGCAGGGCAAUCUAUGGUGACAAUCAGUGCCUUUCUUUUAUUCAGCUUAUCGGGGUCCACUUUAAGCAGAGCCUCAACAAGUAUGGAUACCUUCUUCAGAAGCCCGAGACAUUCAUUGCAAAUGGUUACUCGUACACUACGGAGACUGAAAACGAUCGUUCUCAAUUUGUGGCUCUCCUGAAGACCAAGGCCUUCAAGAAGCUUGUCGAGGUGCUCCAAGUCUUCGUUGAACGAGCGAUCAUGGUCGAGUGUGACUGGACUCGGUCGUCCUUUGACGGUGCAGAUGCUAUUACGUCCUCGAAUGUGCUGAAGUUUGUUUCUUACAACGAUCUUGUAUUGAGAUACUACAAACACAUUAUGGGACUAAUUGAAGCCUACAACUCCAUAGCUUCUACAGAUACCAAAGACGUCUUCCUCUCUUCGUAUAUCCCCCCGCCCGAGACACAGAGACACCGCUUAGAUGAGGCGUUUGCCAAUGAGUCGAUCUACCAUCCGUGCAUCAUUACAAGCAUAUAUCUUCUUCAGUUCUUAAAGGAGCAGCUCAGUCUCAUCGAGGACUCGGAGGACUCGUACACCACCCAGCUUGCAUAUUCCCUGCUAUCGUCCCUAGAAUCCAAUCCUAUGUUUUCAUAUUACUACCCCCACGCACAAAAGAUACUGAUAGCUUCGCUGUCCUCCCUACUGGUCAAUCUACUUUAUAUCUUUACAGCUUCCGAGCCCGGCGACUUCAGGACGAGCAUUUACAUGGACAUGACGAACAUUUCCGAUACGCUGCAGCGCCUGCUACGCCACUUUUCCUUGACAUCUUUCCGCAGCAGCGGUUCGGAAAUAGUAAUGCUGGGGUCUCAUGUUUGCCCUACCCUUUCGAAUAAAGCGCCCUGUGGUGGAAGCGGAGAGUUAUCAGUAAGCCAUGCGGUUCAGUCACUGGAGGAAUAUAUUGAAUCUAACAACUUCACAGUUAUCACAGAAGAUCAGCUUCUCUCCAGCCUUUCCCCAGAUCUGGGCGAGGCGGAUUCUGCUCCCCACAAACUCCGUCAGCUUCUAAAGACUCAUAACAAGGUGUACUUGGUGAAACCCAGGAGCGUGGUGUAUAACGAGGCCUAUGAAAUACUUAUGACUAUAAUCAAAGAUCCAGAGGCCCUCUAUGUCUUUCUCAUCCUCAUGGACGGGGUCUUGUACGCCAGGGAGAUCAGUCCACUUCUUUUGUCAGAUAACAUCUACCUGACGUUGUUAAGUGCUGCGAUCCGCUUCAAGAACCGUUUUCAUCAGCUCGACUUGGUCAUUGAGCGACUCAACGAGAUCUCCCACUAUUGGUUUGCCAACAGAAAGAUGCUGAAGGGGCUCAUCUUACACGAGACGCCGCACGGACUAAUGAUAACGGGCCCGAGUGCUGACUUUCCCGCCCCAACUCCGUUGAUAGAUAUCAAUGCACACUAUGCCAGGCUUGUUGCGCACUUGAACGAUGAACUAUUAACGAAGUCUAACUCGAAUGUCAUCCACUCUGCCGCGUCCCAUUUCGCGCAUUAUGCUGGCGGUGCCAUUUGCGAUUCAGUCACUGAUGUGACCGUCCUCUGUACGGCAGGCGACCUCAUAUCGCCCUUUGUUCGACCGAACCAUCUCAUUAAAUCGAAGUUUUCACUUAACGAGCGCACGCUGAUUAGUUUGCCUUCUCCUAUAAAGAUAAGUUUUACGUACAUCAAUAUGUUGUCUGCCCUGGAUAUGGAGGAGAUGUCUAUGAGGUCAGAGAAGCUUUCUAAAACCACUCCCAUCAUAGAAAAGCUUCUGCCCUUUUCUCAAAGCUCGUACAUGGCCCCACUGGUCAAAUUCACUCCUUAUCACAAAGGAACCACUGUCCUGUUUAAGAAGGAGGACGGGUUUGAUUGGAACGAGAAGCUUCCGUCUGAUCUGGCAUUUGAAAGCCUCGUGAUCAGGGCUGUCGGGGGUUUUUCGCGCAAGUCGUACCAGGUGGACGUCAAGUCGCGGGCACGGAUUGAAAAGCUAGCUACCGCAGCCUUUAAGACACGUUUUGAGCCCUUCAUCUUAGUCCUGUUGCACAUAAUCAAGACGAACAUCCAGCACUCCCUCUCCAUUAAAUUGGUGACGCUUGCCAUUCACCUCUCAUUUUACUUUAAACACGUGCUUGCCAUCUGUUCUCUAGGCCGGUUUCUGCUUCCCAUGAAGCUAAAACCUUAUAACAAGGACUUUACUACAGUGGAGCUCAAAGUUCUUGCACACAACGCUUCUGUGAUUAUCUAUAACACUAUUCACGUUCACCUGAGAAAGUAUCAGAUGGUGAUCGACAGGUUCUUGUCGCACGCGCUAGGAGACAAUCUAUACUCGCAAGUUGACCGGUAUGUUCUAGAGGAUCUUACUUCCAUAGAGGUGCAUCACCCUAAACACGACGCACGUGAGGGUAACGCGUACACAGAGCAUCAUCUGGAAUCCUUUGAUGAUACAUCCCUGUCCGCUCCUGCGUCUGUCGUCCACAGCAGAAGGAGUAGCAUGCUGGGCGUGGGGGGAAUAGACAGCGGGCUCAAGACCUUCUUUGAACGAAAGCGCCUUGUCAUAACGUCCUCUAAGGUCUCCUCCAGGGUUUCUUCUCCUCUAUUGUGCUCAUCGGAAGUGUCCUCGACUCAUUCUAACUCCAUCAAAACUAUAAAAGAUCCAAGCCUGCUUGCGUAUACGCCACUGGAAUUGCCAAAACUAUUGAAACCAACGACCGAAACACUCAAUAUUUACUUUUAUAAGUCCCGCAUAUUUAUGAAGGACAUCAUCGACAUGUGCGAGCGAAAAUACUUUGACCAGUAUGAGACGAUGGAAGCUAUCAUGUGCAUAUUGAAGUACUUUGUCCACAAGCAUGUUGAAGCGUUUUCUGGUGUAGAUAAAGAGCGCCCGUCGUCCGGCGUUCUCCGCCGACUGAGAUUGUACGAGUACUUCAAGAGGCUAGAGAUAACCGAUCUUAUCUGUGAGCAAAUAUACACAGCAUAUUGCUUUGGAAUUCCUGCUUUGUGUGUUUCCUAA